AUGACUACCAGCGGAGCCGCAGUAUCUCGUCUGGCGUUCUAUGAUGCACUGGUGAACAACUCUUUGGUCGAGUUAAAACGAUGUGUUAAGCUACGCAAAAUCGAUUUGAAUGUGCGAUUAAGCAAUGUACGGAAACGGAACCGCACCGAUUUGUGUCCUGUACAUUUGGUCAUCUACAAGGGAUACUUGGCCAUGUUGCACUACCUCAUUCAAAACGGGAUCAAUGUACACCAGGCGACUUUGACCCUUCAAAGUCGAGCGGUGCACUUUGCUGCGUUGCGUCACCAAGUUCCGUGUUUGCAGAUGUUGUUGAAUACUGAUGCUCAAAUGAAUGCGCUGGAUACAGUUGGUAACACACCGUUGCAUUACGCAGCGGAGGAUGGUGACAGAGCUUUACUCAGCCUACUACUCAACAAUGGAACAAGUGUGGAUUCACAGGACAUAACAAACAAGACAUCGUUAAUGAGGGCUGCAGGAAGUGGAAAACUCUAG